GAGUCCUAAUGACAAAUCACCAAUGCUCAGAAACCUUCAGCAGACACACUUCAGCAGACACACUCGGUGCUCACACCGACAAAAGUCAAGGUUUCCUUUUCUCUUUUUGAGUCUCAAAACGCUCGCAGGGUUCUAGUUAUUUCAGAUACAGGCGCACUACCAUAAACUUUUGUGUAUACUUGAGGAUUGAACGAGAAAGAGACAUUUGGGGGUUUCUGUCGGGGAAAGGAAAUUUUGAAACGUUGUGCAAUGCUGCCACAAAAGUUUUGAAAGAUUAUAAGAGAAAAAACUGUGAGUGAGUUGGACGUCUCCAUGUUGCAUCCAUACAGAAUGGAGAGCUACCUCAUCCCCCCUCCUCCAGAAGAAAUGUAUGAUCCUGAGAUCUAUAGACAACAAAUCGCAGAAUAUCCAUAUAAUCCAUAUAUCCUUGAUGGAGAUAUCCAAUCAGAACACUGGGACUACCACCCUCACCACGUGCAUGUCCACGGAGAGUUUGAGAACCUACCAGAAAACCAGUUCACCGAGUUGCAGAGCGUUCAGCCUCUGCACGCGCCGACCCUGAUCCGGCCCGACACCCUGCGUUACGACAUGGUGGACCUCCUGGAUCCCGGCGUGCCCACACACCACCACGUCCUGCAGCAGCCAGUCUCAUUCUUCCCGCGGCCCAUGUUCCAGCACGCCUCGCCAGCUCACCGCAGCUCUGACGAGGAGGAUCGUGGCGGCCGGAGCCCCCCGCUGGAGGUGUCCGAUGAGGAGAGUCUGAGGGGCCGCCUGCCACCUUCCACGCAUGGAGAACUGGGCAACAAAAAGAAGAUCCGCCUGUACCAGUUCCUGUUGGAUCUCCUGCGGAACGGAGACAUGAAGGACAGUAUCUGGUGGGUGGACAGAGACAAGGGGACCUUUCAGUUCUCUUCCAAACACAAGGAGGCCCUCGCUCACCGCUGGGGGAUUCAGAAGGGAAACCGAAAAAAAAUGACAUAUCAGAAGAUGGCUCGCGCCUUACGCAACUAUGGCAAAACCGGCGAAGUGAAGAAAAUAAAGAAGAAGUUGACUUACCAGUUCAGUGGUGAGAUUCUUGGAAAAUCCCAUUUAGAGAGAAAGACGUAUAUGUAAGAGAGAGGGGAUUAUAACAGUGCACCAAACAAAACAUAAAGAGCAAUCCAGGGCCUUUUGUGCAUAGCAUUAUUUUUUUUAUGUUUUAAUAUUGUAAACUAUUAGUGACUUGAUACAAUAGUCUACUGACUCAAGCCAAAUGACACAAAGAUCUCGCCGUGAAUAUUUUCCAAAUGAAUAAUCGGGCACACCACUGUUGAGUCAUGUUAAAGCUGCAAGUUGCACUUAGCUUCGCACUUCCAAAUAUGGCUUAUUUCUCUGGAACUUGACAAGUCAAAAUGUUCCAUAAUAGCAAUAGAGAGAACCACUAGAUGUCCUCAGAGAUCACGCUGUGUUUAUUUUCAACAAGUUUAAGCAUUUUGGUUAAGUUGAAUGUGUCUUUUUCUGCAGUCCCAAAGGUACAUAGUUCUCUGUUAUGAUGUCUCAAGCAUUAUGGACUAUUGAAAUACAUACAGCGGUAUGAUCAAACAAAUUGAAUAUUCACUUUUUUAUUUACUGUUUUAGACUAUUAACACAGUUCACACAAUGUGAUGUGAACCUGCCUGUAUUAGCAUUGAGGCUAUGCGAUUGUCAGACUAUACACUGUAAGAACCUUUUCCUCAGGGUAUUGUAACUGGAGAAUGGUUAACACAUUGCUUGAGAAUUGCUUUAUUUUAAUAAUUGUCCUACAAUACAGCAGACGUAAGCUCUUACAAAGCAGAGCAUAUGUCAAGCGAUAUAAAUAAAUGUUGUCCACUUCCAUUAUUGAGAAACAACCUUUUUCUGCGGUUUUGCAAUGUAAUGUAUGUGUAAUUAUAUUUUUGUAAAUGAUGAUAUCUGUAAUAAUCUUGUAAUAAAAAUUCUGAGAUGUU